AUGAAGAGUUCGCGACGGUUGGCUAUCUUCAUUAGUCUUGUUGUUUAUGUUAUUGGGACCAGUUUGGUGCUAGUGGCGUUGUCAACAGAUUUCUGGGCGGAGUCGGAGCCAUUGCAUCGGUUUGGGAAAGCAUCCAAGUACAGCUAUUUCCAUACUGGACUAUUUGUUGGAGUGAGACAACUAGAUUAUGGGUAUGGGCCAAGACGGGAAUAUUUUUCUAGUGAGUUAAAUAUUAUCUGCUUUUACCGUAUGUAUAAUCUUUCAGUGUUUGCCGAACUUGAUGACGGGAUCAGCUUUUUCGGCAAGUUCACUUGGAUCUUCACUUUGUUUUUGAUUGGCGUUGGUCUCAUUUGGAGCUUCGUCGGCCUCUUCGUUUCCUUCCUGAACUUAUUUGUCGAAGAAAUCAAUACUGUUGCUGGCCCAAGAGGUCUUCACAUCUGGAGUUGGCUAAGUGGUGAGAUUUAA